AUGGCUCUUUCUCAACGCUUAUUCUCUGACGCUUUACGUGAUAUGCAACGUGCUAUGGCUGUCUUUGACCAGCCCUUAUUUAGCCCUAUGUUCAACAGCGAAGUCAGUCCAUUCUUCGGUAACCAAGGCAACCGUGGUCACAACAGCAAUAACAACAGUGUCUUUGGUCGCUACCCUGCCACCGACAUUAUUGAGAAGCCCGAGUUCUACGAGUUGCAUGCUGAGAUUCCUGGUUAUGACAAGAAGGAUAUCAAGAUUGAAGUGAACGAUGGCCGUACUCUGAUUUUGAGCGGCACGAUGAAGAAGGAACACCAUGAAGGCCCUGCUUUGGAAGAGGAGCAAAAAGCACAAGAGAACAAGGCCUCCUCUACUGCCUCUGGUGCUGAUGGUGCCACUGCUGAGGGUCAGCAAGUUGUACAAAAGAAGGACCAAGACAGCCAAGUGGCUCAGUAUAACAACAGUCCUAAAUGGUGGGUCAAUGAACGUGUUGCUGGUUCAUUUACACGAUCCUUCAAUUUCCCCAACCCCAUUGAUGCUGAACAAAUCAAGGCCUCCUACCAAGACGGUAUUCUCAAGGUAAUUAUUCCCAAGAGCAACAAGAACCAAUCCAGAUUUGUCAACAUCGAGUAA